AUGUCCAGCAAACGAAUCUCUGCAAACGAUACUCUGGCCAUCUUCAAGAGGGUUGAUAAGAGUAAGGACAACCUUAUCAACGAAAAGGAACUGAAGAAAGCACUCAAGGAGCUCGGGCUGUCUCCUGUUUCUGACAAGCUCAUCAAGUGCACCAUGGAAGCGUUUGACAAGGACAAAAGCGGAGCUCUGAAUUUCGAGGAGUUCCAAGCUCUGGUGAAUCAAGUGGAGCAGGCUAAGGGACAACUCUCUUACAAAAUGCGGGAUAUCUUCAAACGAAUGGACCAGAACGGUGACGGCAGCCUGACCCCAGAUGAGCUGAAGGCCGGCCUGGCCGCCAUGGGGAACCACAUGGAUGACCGCGUCAUCGACAGUAUGAUCAAAGUCGCCGACGUCGACAACGACGGACGGGUCAACUAUGAGGAGUUCAUCAAGGUCAUGUCGGGCUAG